UGGCGCAUGCGCAGGGGCCUGUCCGGCUCUGGGGGACCAUGAAAGCCGUAAGGCCCAUCGACCUGGAGUGGUGCUCCCAGUUGCUCCCCUUGGCCCUAGGGAGAUUUUGGAAGCUGUGGCUUUGUGAGUUGUGGAUACUACUGUUGGGUUCCAGUUUGAACGCCAAUUUUUUGCCCCACGAGGAAGACGUAGACUUUAUCAAUGAGUAUGUGGACCUCCAUAAUAAGCUCCGCGGCAAAGUCACCCCUGGAGGGGCGAACCUGCGCUUCAUGACUUGGGAUGUAGCCCUAUCACGAACUGCAAGAGCAUGGGGGAAGAAAUGUGUGUUUGAACGUAAUAUUUACUUGGAAGAGGUACAAAUGGCCCAUCCUACAAUCAGUCCUGUUGGUGAAAAUAUGUGGGUUGGCCCUGAAAAGGAGUUUAAUGCAAGUACUGCUAUUACAAGUUGGUAUGAAGAAAGCAAAAACUAUACUUUUGUUAAUGGCAGUUGCUCUGCAGACUGUUCUCAUUAUAUUCAGCUCGUUUGGGACAGCUCUUACAAAGUUGGUUGCGCUGUGACUGCAUGUUCAACAGUUGGAACUAUUAAACAUGCUGCAAUUUUUAUAUGUAAUUAUGCACCGGGAGGAAUUGUGACUAGAAGACCUUACCAUGCAGGGAUAUUUUGUACUCAGUGUGGUGGACGUGACAGAUGCACAGAUCUUCUAUGCAGUAAUGCAGAUCGUGAUCAAGCCAUAUAUUACCAGUUUUGGUAUCCACGUUGGGAAGUGCCCCGGCCAAUUGUGUGUGAUCCACUGUGCAUGUUUGUUUUAUUAGUGAGAAUAGUAUGUUUUCUGCUAUGUGUCAUGAUUGUUUUGAUAGUACAGCCUCAUUUUCCAUAUAUCUUCUUGGAAAAACAGAUGAUAUUUACCCCUGAAGAAUCUGAAGCAGAAAAACAAAUGGAAAAGGGGGAGAUGAAAGGGGAAGAGAAAAUAGAAGAGAAGAAGGAGGCAAAAAAAGAACCGGAAAGUGAAAAGGAAGAGGAAGAAGAGAAGGAAGAGGAAGAAGAGAGGGAAGAGGAAGAAGAAGAAGAAGAAGAAGAAGAGGAAGAGGAAGAAGAGGAGGAAGAAGAAGAAUCAUCAUAGGCCAAAAGUAUAAUAUACAAGAAGCAAAAAAGAAAAAAUACACAAACCAUUAUGCAUUAUUUCUUCUCUUUCCUAUAGUUAUUCAACAAAUUUAAAUUUGAAAAACAAAAUGUGAACAAAAUAUAUGUGUUAAAUAGAAAAUACUAAGACGUACUCUUAGAUACUACAAACAGAUAAACAUAUCAUAAUAGGAGCACUAAAAAAGAUUUGAGUAGCCUAAUUAUCUGAAGACGUCACCAUGGUAUCCUAAGAAAGGAGUAAAUCUUCUAAAUCUGUUCCUACCUCUGGACUUUAAAUAUUCUUUACAGGAGUUAUAAAUUUCUCAACUAUUAAAUAAUAUUAUCUACAUAGGGUGCUUAGACCCAUUCCAAGUUCAGAACAACCAUUCAAUGAAUACUGGUUGGUUUGUUUUUAUUACUUCCAUCAGAGUUGUUUUUGGUGGUGCUGAUAUUCUCCAUGUGAUAGGAAGUUUCAUUUAUCUUUAUAAUGUGGGUUUUGGAAUGACUUAAGUAUAUCCUGUUAGAAGACAAAUUUAUUAUUUCUACUCCAUGUUCAGUAUUUCAUUAAAGACUCGCUAUAAUUUUUGUCAAGGAAUAAUAAAUGCAAAAGUUUAUAUAUGGCUGCAGUAUGGCUGCUUCCAAAUUUAUAUGAUAAAAAUAUACACAUUUUAAAUUAUUUAUUUGUAAUUAUUCAGGAUGUUUAAUAAAGGCAAUAAUUUUACAAAAUAAAUUAUCUACCAUUGUUAAUAGUAAUGAAAUGAAUAAAAUUCUUAGCAUUGCAAAACACAUCAAAUGACAUAAGCUGUCUUAUUAACUCUACUAUUUUAGUUGCAUCAAUAUUAUACUAAAAUCCUAUUCUAAAAUGAGACAAGAUUAGAAUAAUAACCAUCCCCCAAAAAACCCUGAACUGUCCUCGUGGAUUUGAGUUUCUGUAGUAUACUGGGAUUCUACUUCAUAAAACCACUUCCAACCCACUUUCACAUGAUUAUUUAAUACUCUGCAGGGCUGUUACUGCCUCCAUUUUAAAAAUGAGAAACGUGACUUGAUGCCCUGAAAUGGUUUAACCUAGGACUAACAACAAAUUAAUUUCUGAAUACUUUGAUGCAUUUAUAAGCAUAAAUUCUUUAUGUUUCUAUGCUAAUUUCCACAUUUAACUAAGUUCUAUAUCUGUAUAUCAAUUAUAAUCUUUUUUAAGGUUACUUCAGUAUAUUUUUCAGACGACUUGAUGAAGUGUGAUUGCCAUAGGCCAACGAACUCCUUGAGGGGCGGCAAUUCUCCUCCAUCCCCAGGUCAUUUGUCAAUAGCUGGAAACAUUUUUGAUUGUCAUGAGCAGGGAGGUAUUUCUGCUGUCCAGGGAGGAGAGGCCAACAUGCUGCUCAACGUCCUGCAAUUUCACGAGGCAUUCCUCCACAACAAAGAAUUUUUUAAUCCAGAUUGUCAAGAGUGCCAAAUUUGAACAAUUCUGCUAUAGACUUAUUUCUACCCUGGAAAUGUAUAAAUUGUAUAUGCUUUGAAUAUGUCAUUAUUUUUCCUUAAACUACUCUUCUGAACGUUGCUGGCCUGUCCUCUCUUCCGUCACUUUUCCAUACCCCUGUGGUUACCCUACGGCAGUCAUUUUGUUACUGU